UGCACAGGUGUCUUCGAAAUCAGCUGUGGGCGGUGUAGAAUUACAAAUCGUUUGUGUUGCUGGUGCUGGAAUUGAUGCAAUUUAAUUAAAUUAGAGCAUUGGACAUGUAGCGCAGCUGGACCACAAGCGAACAUGAAAGAAGUGGGCAUCGCUCUGCCCAAGUCCCGCGGUGUGGGCGUGGGAGUUCUUGCUGCCUUCCUGUUGUGCUUUAUUUUCUACUAUUUCUACGGCGGUUACAUGACGUUGGCACUCUUCGCUGGAAUCAUCCUGCUGAUAUUCUACUAUGCACAGGACAUCCUCCUCUACCAUCCGGACUUGCCAGCCAACUCCCGCAUUUAUAUACCCAUUCCGACGAUGCACAACCUUCCCCACAUCACGGUCAGCAUCAAGACACCCGACGAUGUCACUCUGCACGCCUUUUGGAUUACCCAGCCGGAGGAGCGCUCCAAGUCGGCACCUACGUUGCUCUACUUCCACGGCAACGCUGGCAACAUGGGACACCGCAUGCAAAACGUGUGGGGCAUCUAUCACCACCUGCACUGCAAUGUUCUGAUGGUGGAAUACCGCGGGUAUGGCCUGUCCACCGGCGUGCCCACCGAGCGGGGCCUCGUCACCGACGCCAGGGCGGCCAUUGACUACCUGCACACCCGCCACGACCUGGACCACUCGCAACUGAUACUCUUCGGACGCUCCCUGGGCGGAGCUGUGGUGGUCGACGUUGCAGCCGAUACCGUAUAUGGACAGAAGCUGAUGUGCGCCAUUGUGGAGAACACUUUUAGCAGCAUCCCGGAAAUGGCCGUGGAGCUGGUGCAUCCCGCUGUGAAGUAUUUACCAAAUCUAUUAUUUAAGAAUAAGUAUCACUCCAUAAGCAAGAUAGCCAAGUGUGCAGUUCCCUUUUUGUUUAUUUCGGGCCUUGCGGACAACUUAGUGCCACCGCGCAUGAUGCGUGCCUUGUAUACCAAAUGCGGCAGCGAGAUAAAGCGCCUGCUCGAGUUCCCCGGAGGAUCGCACAACGACACUUGGAUAGUGGACGGGUACUAUCAGGCAAUCGGUGGGUUUUUGGCCGAGCUACAGCAGCAGCCGCUCUUGAAGGCGCCAGAAAAGAGCAACGUCUGGGUAGAGCUGGAACAUAAAAUCAUUGAUGUAUAGACCCGAAUACAUCAAGUGUUCAAUUGACUGUGUUAACACUGCGAAUGGUUUAAUAC